UCCCAAAUGCCCCGAGUUGGAUGCCAAAUGAAGAAUCUGGUGAAGUGGAGCCUACAUGUGUCCAGUGUAAAGAUGGUUACACAGGACAGAACUGCAAUAAAUGUGAAAAUGGCUAUUACAAUUAUGACAGCAUCUGCAUACCAUGCCAGUGUCAUGGCCAUGUGGACCCAACUACAACUCCAAAGAUUUGCAAACCCGAGAGUGGUGAAUGCAUCAACUGCAUCCAUAACACCACUGGGUUCCUAUGUGAGGACUGCCAAGAAGGGUAUGUUCGAAACCUCCAGAACAACUGCAUCAAGCAAGAAGUUAUUGUUCCAACUCCUGAAGGUUCUACCAUUUUGGUUUUCAAUGCCUCUUUGACCACAUCAGUGCCCACCCCUGUUAUAAAUAGUACAUUUGCCCCCACAACCCUGCAGACUAUCUUUUCAGUAAGUUCUUCUGAAAACAGCACCCCAGCUCUCGCCAAUGUAUCAUGGACCCAGUUUAACAUCAUCAUUUUGACAGUCAUCAUCAUUGUGGUAGUGCUGCUAAUGGGAUUCGUAGGAGCUGUGUAUAUGUACCGAGAGUACCAAAACCGGAAACUCAAUGCUCCCUUUUGGACCAUCGAGCUGAAAGAAGACAAUAUUAGUUUCAGCAGCUACCAUGACAGCAUUCCCAAUGCAGAUGUGUCAGGAUUGUUGGAGGACGAUGGCAGUGAAGUGGCUCCCAAUGGGCAGCUGACCCUGACGACACCCAUUCAUAACUACAAAGCUUGAGGAGCUGGGCUGUCCUCCUGGAGUGUCAGGACAUGAUACUCACUAAAACGCAUCUGCCCUCCGGCUCCACAUAGCCUGGGUAGAGUUUGCUGAGAACGGCAUCAUGCAAAUGAACUGUUCAGGUACAAACUGUAGUGCGCUUAGCCUAUCUGUUGCUCUUAAUUCAUCCCCAUGAAGAUCUGAAGCACUCGUCAUCAUUGAGGACAUGAAGUAAAGUAUAUUUUUGUAGCAAACCACAUGUGUGUAUGGAUAGGCUGAAUCCGACACAGUAGCUCAAGUCUACCCAGCCUCUCAAAGGACUGCUGGGAAAGUGUUCAUCUCACCAGCCGUGACAAAAUGCUGAUGUGGAGGGGGAAGACUAUAGAAGACGUCAUCUUCGUUUUGGAAACAUACAUUUUAAGAAGAGGCAGGGAUUGUGUUCAUUUCACUGUACUAAAAGCUAUAACUGGUGAAAAGCUGAUGUCUAGGCUGAACCACACUAAACAAUCUUGGCUCUGUGUAGACCGAGGGCAGAAAAGUUCCAAGAGGAUCUGUAGAAGGGCUUGGCUUUCCUCCCAUGAGUCUCCUUCAAGGAUGGGAUGAAAGCACAGGAUAAGCCUCUGUGGUGAGGGAAGUGCAGCACCCGGAGAGCAGAAAGUUGAUGAUCCUCCUCAGGGGAGGUUCCUGCCUCUAAAGAAACAAGGUGUACAUAGUUAAUGUAGCAUACCUGCUCAACAUUGUACUUGUAUCUAUUUGUAAAUAAAUCAUGUCCUAUUUUACCAUCUAAACUUUAUUUGUAUAGCAGUUAAUGGUGUUGUAAAAAGAAGAUAUGGAAAUUGGUUAAAAUACUGUAAAAUAGGUGGCAAUAUUGCUAGAGCUGGGACUCUGUUGAACACCAUUCAUUUUUCGUUCCUGUUUGGACACUGUUGAAAUUUACAAGAGGUCAAAUGUUUCUAAUCUUUCCUCUCUCAACCUAGAGUCAUAUACUCUUUGACUUACCAUAGAUUCAAGCAAUAGAUUUGAAGUCUGUAUUAUUAAACUGGGACACAGGCUGCAUUCUCUAGAUACUCACUUAAUUAGCCACUCUGUGUGUUUUACAUUGCUCAGUGUAAACAUCAUCAGAAAAAGACUUCUUUCCUGAAUGUAAAAGACAGUCUUCCAAAGGACAGAAAUUUUAAAUUAAAAAAGAAAAGCCAUCACAUUAUUUGGGGCCCCUUGUUUUUAUGCCCAUGAAAUACUUAUGUACCUCCCAUAACCUCCAAAAUAAAGGCCUCUGACAUUUGAG